CGAAUUGAUAGUGGUGCAUAUAAAUAUAUGAGUGAUUCAAUAGAGGACACAACACGUUCACCAUGGCCCUUCUGUACAUAACCAUCGCUUUAGCGAUCCAGGGUUCAUUCGCCUUCGAUAAUGUAACAGAUUCUUUAGAAUAUAUCAACAGCUGUGAAGUAGUAAACACGACAGUGGAAAUUGAAAAUGAAGUUUUUGUUGAACCUCCACCUAAAGACCAGAAGGAAUGGAUCGACUUCUUUCUACUUCCCGACACUCACUUGCAUCCAACAUCUUCAGUUGCCAUGAUGUCCCAAGCGAUCAAUUCAGAGAAGUCAGUCGAAGAACAACUAGAUGAAAUCAAGGAAAUCGCACAGAAGAUCACUCUCGCUAUACAGAGCGAAAUGGCGAAUCUCUUGUCCUAUGCCCUCAAUAGUAUUGAAAAAGAUGAAAACGGACUAGGAGAAAACAGUUGUCGUAAAAAGCGAUCAGUUGAAACUCCCAUGGCUAGCACACAACUAGUGACCAGGUUGCUAAAACAUAUCAAAAGUAACAACGAAUAUCAGAACAUUGCCAUCGACAAAAUGAUGACUGCUCAAGAAAUUGCUGACAAGUAUGGAAUUGAGUUCAGUCCUGACACUGAAAUACUGUCUGACCUCGCUAUUGCGGCUAACCAGCAGGCUGAUGAGAUGAACUCGCUGUUACAAGAAUCUUUAGAGAUGAAAAACGUUUCUCGUAGUGUCUCAACACCAUUAAAAUCUAAAGUGCAUCGUGAACAGAAACCUGUUACGCCUGCUCAGCCAGCAACUACGCAUCACCAUCACGUCGACCCUUACGCUUACAACUAUCCUUACGAGACUCAGAUCCCCGCUCCUCCUCAGAAUUACUACAGCAGCCCGCCUGUAAGUAAGAGACCAAACUUUUACGACACCGUUUCUUACGCUCCUCAGGAAUACUCUUACUGCUCAAUGGAGCCUGUAACUUCAGCUUCAACUAUCAUUUUACCUAUUGAAGAGAUUCUGGAACCUGAACCAGAAUUAGUAGGUGAGGAGCUAGAAGAAACAAUUUCUUCUAAAGUGUACGUAGAUAGAGGAGAAGAACCAGGCUCCGCUACAGUCAGUCAUGUCAUGACUUACACAGUCGGGGAACGAUCACACUUCAGAACACCAGAAAUUGAGAGGUUACCUCAACAAAUGCAAUAUUGCUUUUUCCUCGUAUAAACUUUAAUUACGAUAGGCUAAUUAUUAUUAUUAUUUUAGUAAUACUUGUUAUGUGUCUCGUCUGCUUACGAACGAAUAAUAAAAAGGCUGCGAUG